GUUCUUCUUUAUUGCUACAAUAUAAUGUUUUAUAUUAAUUUUAGAGGAGAAUAAAGAGUUAUUUAAAAUAUUAGCAUUAAAAGUAAGCAGACGUUAAUUAAAAACACAGCAAGAAAUUGAUUAUUGAAUAACUAUUAUAGGAUAGCAAUUAUGUGUACACAAUUGAUUUUGAAUAAGCCUACUUUAUAGAUAAAAAUUAAGACACUGUUAUUCUAUAAAUUGAAGUGCUAAAAAGAUUAACAAAAAUAUUCAGUAUAAAAAAAGAUGUAUUUUUAUCAAAAUUUCUAUUAGCUAUGAUUUUAAAUUAAUAAAGAGAUUGAAUAGAUGAUGAC